AUGCUUAUUUACUCUGAUAUCAUCACCGGCGACGAGAUCAUCUCGGACUCGUACGACCUCACUGAGGUCGGCGAUGGCAUCGCCUAUGAGGCCGACUGCGCCAUGAUUGAGGAGGGCGCCGUCCAGAUCGACAUUGGUGCCAACGCCUCCGCCGAGGAGGGUGAGGAGGCCCUUGAGGACCAGGCCGUCAAGGUCAACAACAUCAUCCACUCUUUCCGUCUCCAGAGCACCCAGUUCGACAAGAAGGGCUACCUCGUCUACCUUAAGGGCUACAUGAAGGCCAUCAAGGCCAAGCUCCAGGAGCAGGGCAAGUCCGAGGCCGAGGUCAAGGAGUUCGAGACCAAGGCCGGCGCCUUCGCCAAGAACGUGAUCCUCGCCAAGUUCAAGGACUGGGAGUUCUACACUGGCGAGUCCAUGAACCCCGACGGCAUGGUUGUCCUCCUCAACUACCGCGAGGACGGCACCACCCCCUACAUUGUCGUCUGGAAGCACGGCCUCAAGGAGACCAAGGUUUAA